GCAGCGCACUGUGCAGCAGCAGCAGGGUUUUGCUAACACCAGAAGUUCAUCACUGCUGGAUGAGACACGGCUUACUAUAAGUUGUAGGUUCAAAAGAGAUAAGCGCCAUCAAAAUCGAUGAAAUUCAUCUUUAUUUUGUCAUUGGCCGACAUCGUCGCCGGAUACAUCGAUGUGGAUGGAGGUGGAGCUUGGGCAUGGAGCGGCUCCAACUCUGCGCGCCACGCCUGCCAACAACUGCUGGACCCGCCAGCCAACAGGACCGCCCAAGCGGCCGUCGUCACCACCUGCCUUGCCAACAACGCCGACAUUAAAGCCAUCGUCGACGCCUGGCCAAGCGGACGCAAGCGGAGGUCAGCGUCGUGGGAAUCUCACGGCGGUGGCGGCGUCCACGGCGGUGGAGGAGGACCUGGUGGAGGAAGACCCGGUGGAGGAGGACACGGCGGUGGAGAAGGACCGUAUAGUUCAGACAGAGUUGCUGACCGCCUUGAAGCUUUAGGCUAUACGGAAAUGGCCACGAGACUGCGGAAAUGCGUCGCAACCGCCAAUGGCUAUACCAAUGCUGACGGGACUUUCAACGUAGCCGCGCUGAAGGCAGCCCUCCUGACGGCGGCCGCUGGAGCCACACAGCUGGCGAACAUCCAACUGGGGCUCGACGGCUGCCCUACCUACUACCUUGACAGCUACAAGGUCCACAACUACGUAGAGUGCGUGAUUAACUACUGCGCUACGGGCACCGGCGAGACCUCGACCGCGACCUCGACGUCGACCACUACCACGACUCCCUAGAAAACAAUAAUAAUUGCCAGCAUUCUUAUUGGCUUCUUAUUAGCAUAUUACCCGAAUUUCAUUCAUUUGCUGGAACGUUUAAAUUUUUAUAAAUACUAUGAAAUCAUUAAAUUAAUUGGAAUAUUAGACAAAGCAUUGCUUAUUAAAGAAUUACAGUGCAAUCGAAA